CUGGUACCGGAAAAUCUCGAAACGCUAAUGAAUUCCACCAGAUGGCAAUCACAUGUUUGUCAGUUCAAGAAGAUGAGGAACUGUUGACCAGGAUUAAAGAAGCUUGGUCGUAUGCUAUUUCAACUUCUCAGAUAUUUCCAGAAAUUAUCAAUAAAUACGAGCCACCAGAUCCAUUGGAUGUUGUGAAAUUGAUUGCCAAACACCAUAACCGAGACUUGAAAAACGUUACAGUCAUUUUGGUGGUUGAUGGCAUACAACAACUUAUGCUGAACAAUGAUGAUGAUUUAAA